AUGUCUUUCACCCUCACUCGUCAAUGUCGCCCAUCAGUUUUCAGAUUCCACGCGCUCAGAGCAUUCCAUUCUACUCCAAAGGCCUCUCGGCUAGGACUCCCAGCUAGAAACGCGUCUUCCUCAAAUUUCGUCAAGGUCGCCGCAGCUACCUCUCUUGGAGUAGGCCUUUCUUUUACGACCAAGCCAACAAUUUAUUGCGAUGGAGAAGCACUGCCUAAAUCCCAGGUUUACCUACCUGACCUUCCUCCGCCUCCAGCGUCGUCGCUUUCGUUAUACGAAUUGGGCUUUGGAACGGUAGCUGGACUGUGUGCCGGCGUUUUUGUGAAGAAGGGCGCGAAAGCCUUGGCGGUUGUCCUGGGCGGUGUAUUCGUCUUGCUCCAAUACAUGGCGUCAACCUCUGUCGUCCGCAUAGAUUGGGGAAGGGUCUCUUCAAGAUUUGGUGAAAUGUUUUACAGGCGAGACGGGACGGGAACGAAAAAGCCUCCAACAGUCUCAUCGAUCUGGAACACACUCAUCGACUUCCUAACAGCCGACUUCCAACCACGAGCAUCCUUCAUCGUAGGCUUCGCGUUGGGUAUUCGCGUCGGUUGA